CCCUCAGCCUCUUCCAUGUGAUUGGGUCGGAAAACCCCCAGAAGAACAUCUUCCUGUCUCCCCUGAGCAUCUCAGCGGCCUUUACCAUGCUGUCCUUGGGGGCCCGUGGGCACAGCCAGACCCAGCUUCUCACCAGCCUCGGCUUCAACAUCACCGAGUUGUCCACACUCGAACUCCACCAAGGCUUCCAGCAGCUGCUGCGAGACCUCAGCCCCCAGGAUCACAGACUGGAAGUGCGCGUUGGCAAUGCGCUGCUGCUGAACCACGACCUGGAGCUCCUCCCGGAGUUCCUCAAUGACACCAUGGCCUUCUACAACCCCAUGGUUUUCCACCCCAACUUCGGAGACACUGCAGGCACAGCUCAGCUCAUCAACGACCACAUAAAGAAGGAAACUCAUGGAAAGAUCGUAGAUUUGGUCAGUGACCUGAGCCCAGACACCGAGAUGAUGCUGGUGAAUUAUAUCUACUUCAAAGGCCUGUGGGAGAAACCCUUCCCUGUCUUCAGAACCACCGAGGAAGACUUCCACGUGGACGAGCUCACCACGGUGAGGGUGCCCAUGAUGCAGAGUCUGUCGCAUCACUGGUACAUCCACGACAGACAGGUGCCCUGUUCUGUGCUGCGGCUGGAUUACCAAGGCCCCGCAGCCGCCUUCUUCAUCCUUCCUGACCCAGGCAAGAUGAGGCAGGUGGAGCAGAUGUUGACACCGACGAUGAUAGCGAGGUGGAACCGCCUGCUCCGGAACAGGCGUUUUUAUAAAGAAGUGGAGUUGUAUUUCCCCAAGUUCUCCAUUUCCACCUCCUAUGAAUUGGAUGAGAUUUUGCCCAAGCUGGGCUUCAAGGACAUCUUCUCUCAGCAGGCUAACUUCUCUGGCAUCACCAGACAGCGGAAGCUGCACGUAUCCAAAAGUUUCCACAAGGCCAUGCUGGAUGUGAAUGAAGACGGCACGGAGGCUGCCGCGGCCACUGGCUUUUCCAUCGUGUUUUUAUCGGCCAGCCUCAGUCCUCCAGUCCUACGGUUCAACAGACCCUUCCUUAUGGCCAUCUUUUCCUCCAGCACGGAGAGUAUCCUCUUUCUGGGCAAGGUGGUCAGGCCCAGAGCCCUAUAGCCCGCUCCGGUCUCCCUGCCUCCAGCCGGAGGACUGGCUGGGAAGGGCUCCAUGGAAGCAGCUCUGUGGUCAGGGCCUGGCCUGGGAGAGGGGUUCUGAGUCCAGGGCAGAAGCC